GUUAAACACACAAGUCCCUCUCCAUGACGGCAAGGAGUCCAGAGCAACAAUGAAGUCCCUCCGAUUCAUUAGCGCUGAAGCACUCGUCUCGAAUGCAGAGUUCGCCAGGAAGAGUCUCGGCAGCGUUGCCCAUAAUCUUUUUCCUCUUCUUUUUAAAGCCAGCUAUUUACUGGAGCAAGGGGAAGUGAUACGCGACUUGGUAGAGAACUGGCCGUUUGUGGACUUGAAUGUGGGAAAACUUUUGGGAACUACUGUGGACUGCCAGGAAGACCUGAGCCAUAGGACAUGCUCCGUGUGCUUGGAAAGCUGUCUGACGGGGCUGAGAGACUACGUGCUGAAUGAUUCUUCUCCCUACAUGAAAAGGUUGAAAGUGGUCGACCUGACGGGGAUAAAAGACGUUGAAGUUCAGGUUUGUGAGUGCAAGAAGACAAUGGGCAGGUGGGCCAGGACACAGCUGCUCUCUAAGCUUUGUUUAGAACUGCUGGUUGACCUCCAACACAGACAGUGCGAUCCAGGUAUCUUUGAAAUGAGUAUUGACGUGCGAAUCGACUUGUUUGUUACAGAGAGGAACUAUGAGCUGGUCAUGCAGGCCCUGUUGAAGAAAUGCUACUGUCCACUGAAGAUCUGCUGCGUGGCAUUCAGAUCUGACAACCUGGCCUUGCAGAAAUUCUUCUAUAUCAUAAAGCUGAUUGAUCCCUCGUUGUUGCGCAAACUGGAAGUCGUUCACAACGUCCGCCUGGAAAUGGAACACUUGGAAAUGCUCUUCAACAGUAUCCACUUCCCUCUGCUGAUGUCCUUGACCUUGCCAGCACGAACAUUCAACGCGCGGAGGUUCACAGCUACAGAUGAAGAGAUGCUGACUAACAUUGGAGAAAAGAUGGGUGAAAUGACACAACUGACCGAGCUGAGCAUGUCAUUUUCUAUACUCACGGGAAGAAUACAGAAACUGCUCAGCCCACUAAAGACUCCACUGAAGAUGCUGGAUGUUUCUAACUGCUCAUUGAACCAUGCUGAUAUGGCCUAUUUAGCCAAUAGCUUCCAUGCUAAUCACUUAGAAGUCCUGGACCUGAGUGGUCACAACAUACCUGACCUCUACCCAUCAGUAUUCUUUAAACUUCUCAGCCAUUCCUCUUCAGUGCUCAGGAGUCUUACCUUGGAGGACUGUAACAUCCAAGACACUCAUGUCAACAUGUUGAUUGUAAGUUUAAGCCCUUGUCAGAAACUCCAGGAGUUUAGGUUUCUUGGAAACCCGCUCUCAUCCCAAGCGCUUAAACACCUUUUCACGUUUCUCUGUGAGUUGCCAAUGUUGAAAAAUGUGGAGUUCCCCGUCCCGAAGGACUGCUACCCUAUUGGUGUCACCUACCCAAUCGAUGACGCCAGUCUCUGCAGAUUUGAUCACCAAAAAUAUGAAAGUGUAGCAGAGGAGCUUAACCUCAUUUUACUCCAAGCAAAUAGAGAGGACGUGAAGACUUCAACUCCCCUCUUUGGCAGUUAUGACGCAGCUGUUCAGGAGACGAAGAACGAACUGGGAGCUUACUUGAUCAAUUCCUUCAAAGAAACUUUAGAAAAGUUCACUAGUUCUCUUAACAAAAUGAGUUAAAGGUGUAACAGUGGUGAUGAGAUGCUCUGUCAAAUCAGAAAUUAAGUUAGUCUUUUCUAGAAAUGUGCCUUUGUCAAUGAGUCUUGAGUAUUCUUUAAUUUCUUGGCUGAGUUUACUGCUGUUUGGAUAACAUCUGAGGUGUUUUAACUAUGCUAUAUCUACUGCAUAACCUUACAUAAGCACUGCUUACUCUCAAAAGAGGGGAAGACCCUUGGUAGCUUAUUAUUUUAUAUAACACAAAAGCACUUUGGUUCUCACUAAAUCAAUAGGUCUUCAAGCUUUGUUGAUUUUUUUAAUGCAGUUUCCUCUGGAUUUGGCAGAGAGGCUCGUGCUCCUA